AUGUCCAACAAGAAUGAGAAUCAUCAGACGGUUCCGCUCUCGGUGCUGCUGAAGCGUGAAUUGGCCAAUGAGAAGAUUGAGAGACCCGAGAUUGUGCACGGUCAGGCGAGUCAGAGCAAGAAGGGGGAGGAUUUUACGCUGGUAAAGACGGAAUGUCAAAGAGUUGUGGGAGAUGGAGUGUCGACGUAUUCAGUUUUUGGGUUGAUAGCGGUGAUUGUUAGACUAGCUAUUGCUCAAGGAUGUGGGAAUUAUGCUGGGAAUAUUAAACUUCCGCAUAUGUUUUGUAAACAAGUUCUUUUAAGCCAUUUUAAGACUUGUGCAGCUAGCUAUUUGAUGGGCAUAACGGAUCUUAACAGAGAUGAAUGGGUAGCAGCAUUGCCAAGGGCUUUUGUAGCAGGAUUUGUCAAGACAGACAAAGAGUUUCAAGAGAGGGCUCAAACUUCAGGAACAACUGUCACCUUUGUGAUUAUAGAAGGAUGGGUAAUAUCUGUUGCAUCUGUUGGCGAUUCUCGUUGCAUACUUGAACCUGCUGAAGGUGGAGUUUAUUAUUUAUCAGCAGACCAUAGGCUUGAAAUCAAUGAAGAGGAGCGGUUGCGUAUCACUGCAAGUGGGGGUGAGGUUGGUCGGCUUAACACUGGUGGUGGGGCAGAGAUCGGUCCUUUGAGGUGUUGGCCUGGGGGCUUGUGUCUGUCACGAUCUAUUGGUGAUAUGGAUGUUGGGGAGUUCAUUGUCCCCGUUCCAUACGUAAAGCAAAUGAAGUUGUCUUCAGCAGGUGGUAGACUUAUCAUUUCGAGUGAUGGAGUCUGGGAUGCCUUGUCUGCAGAAACAGCUCUUGAUUGUUGUCGUGGGAUGGCACCAGAUGCUGCAGCUGCGCAGAUUGUUAAGGAUGCUGUAGGGCACAAGGGACUUCGGGAUGAUACAACCUGCAUUGUGAUUGAUAUUUUACCACAUGAGAAGCUACCCGUCCCGUUACCGCAACAAAAGAAGCAAGGAAAAGGAGUGUUGUUUAAAUCCAUGUUUCGGAAAAAGCCCUGUGACUCAUCUUCUAAUGUUGAAAAAGAGUAUAUUGAGCCAGACAUGGUGGAGGAAUUAUUUGAGGAAGGUUCUGCUUCACUUUCCGAGAGGUUAGAUUCAAAAUACCCGCUCUGCAACAUGUUCAAGUUGUUUAUGUGCGCAGAAGAUGUGAUAGCGAUAGUGAUUAGCCGACCCUCAUUUGAACUUGAGAGCACUAUCAAUUACUUUGAAGUUGUUCAUGAAGUGGGAAGGUGGUGCUUCUCUUGA